UAUAGUGCAUUCAAUUUGGUAAAGCAUUAAAGGGAGACAGAGACUGGGCCAUUACUUUACCCAUUUCCUUCCUUUGCUGCCGUUGAUUGCACUCUGGUCUUGUUCAUUUGAUUUUUUUCUUUCCUUCCUUUUCCAUAUUCUUUGCUUUCUCCUACUUACCUCCACGACCAAUAGGAAAGAUUGAACCGAUGUUUUAGAGGCUAGUUUGAGCAAGGGCAAGAAGAAAGUUGGUUGCUUAAACUUGAUUUGAAGCUCUUGGUGAUCUUGGGAAGAAAAUGAAUCAGGAAAUGAAUGGCGUUGAGAGUGAGAGAGUGAGAGAGAAUAUGCAUGAGAAAAUAGAUUAUGUGUUUAAGGUGGUGGUGAUAGGGGACUCGGCAGUGGGAAAGAGUCAAAUGCUCUCAAGGUUUGCAAAGAACGAAUUUUGCUUUGACUCGAAGUCCACCAUUGGAGUUGAGUUCCAGACCAGAACUGUUACAAUCAAUGACAAAGUUAUCAAGGCCCAGAUCUGGGAUACUGCUGGCCAAGAAAGGUACAGGGCAGUGACAAGUGCAUACUACAGAGGUGCAUUAGGAGCGAUGGUGGUGUACGACAUAACUAAAAGACAGUCGUUUGAUCAUGUGGCUAGGUGGGUUGACGAACUGCGAGCACAAGCAGACAGCUCCGUUGUGAUAAUGCUGAUUGGGAACAAAGGAGACCUUGUGGAGCAAAGAGUGGUGCAUGCAGAAGAUGCAGUGGAGUUUGCAGAGGAUCAGGGCCUCUUUUUCUCUGAGACUUCAGCUCUCAGUGGUGAGAAUGUGGAGACUGCCUUUUUCAAGCUUCUGGAACAGAUUCAUAGGGUCGUCUCGAAAAGGUCAUUGGAAAGUGGUAGAGGGAAGUCCACACGUCACAACAAUUUUCCCACUCUUCAUGGAUCAAAACUGGAUGUUAUAUCAGCUGCUGAAUUGGAAAUUAGUGAGAUGAAGAACUUAUCUUCAUGUUCUUGUUAAGAUAUAAGUAAAAGGAGAGAGAGAGAGAGAGAGAGAGGGAAAGUAAAAAAUACAUGCAGUAAAUCCGUUUUAUACGUAUAAAAAAAAAUCUGUUGAACUAUUCAUCAAAUGCGUUUGAUGAGAAGAGGAUGAUUGAGUUGAUCUCGUCCUUGCAUAUUUUCAGUUUGAUUACGACAUAUUACAGUGACAGCAAUUUGAUGUAUUGUUUUACCAUUCAAGGGAAGAAGAAAGAGUGCAGAGCUUAUAUCAAACUUUGAUUAUGCUUUGAGAGGGUAAAAAGGUGGAGAUGUGAUUUAAUUUGUUUAUAUACGAGUUUUAGGGAAAAUUUUACAUAAGCAUUUUUUCU